UAAUAUUUGGUUGGAACCGAGCAGUCAUCUAAUGAAUAGCAGAAUAGUGGACGGAACAUCGUCUGCUCAAUCAUAUUCACAGCGACUGAACACCCAAGCACAAUUCGCGUACCCACGGGCCCAUCAUACUCUACCAACAACACACUCCAGCCGUAUCGCCUUUUAGCGGUGCUCACCUGGCAGAUCCCGCAUGACCAAAGCGGGCCGGCGAUAUCUCUGACCCACACCAAUAUACUGACGUAGCAACCCACCCGGCGACAACCAUCCUUUGAGCGACCAGAGCUGAGUACCCUACAGACACAGAAAACGCGAAGCCAUGAAUGCUGCUGACAUCGGUCGGUGUAGCAAGCGCAUCGUGCAGUACAUAUGGGACCCCGAGCCCAGAAAUGACAGAGAACCUUACGAACCCAUCUGGUGCCUGGGUGUAGAGUACCCUCCUGCUGAGGCGAGAAGAGCUUCACAGACCAAGACCCAUAACGACAGCCUGGGAGGUCACGAGGGAGAUGAGAUUGUACCAGCGACGUCAAGGGCCCAAGACAAUUCGCAGCAUAGUUGGCCAGAAGCGUUUAUCACUGAUUUCGAAUCGAGGAUCUGGAUGACCUACCGGUCAAACUUCGCACCAAUACCUAAACUCGAUGACCAUGAUACGAAGGCAUCCAUGACACUAAGCGUCCGACUACGAAGUCAGUUGCUAGACUCCCAGGGCUUUACAUCCGAUACUGGCUGGGGUUGCAUGAUAAGAUCGGGUCAAAGUCUACUGAUUAAUGCGAUGGUCUUGACCCUGUUUGGCCGCGAUUGGCGCCGCGGACAGAGUCGCGAAGAGGAAUCCAAGCUGCUAUCACUUUUUGCAGACAGCCCGAAUGCCCCCUUUUCCAUCCACAGGUUUGUACAGCAUGGUGCCCAAUCAUGUGGUAAAUUUCCGGGGGAGUGGUUUGGGCCAUCCGCAACUGCCAGAUGCAUCCAAGCGCUUUGUGAUCAGUGGAAAGAACCAGCUCUGAAAGUAUAUGUCACCAAUGACACAGGGGAGGUUUAUCGAGAUAAGUUCAUGAACGUGGCCUGCAAUCGCUCCGGCACAAUUCAACCGACGCUCAUACUCCUUGGAAUUAGACUGGGGAUUGACCGCGUGACCCCGGUCUAUUGGAAUGGGCUGAAGGCCGCGUUACAAUUCCCACAGUCGGUUGGUAUAGCAGGGGGACGCCCUUCGGCUUCACAUUAUUUUGUAGGCCAUCAGGGAUCGCAAUUAUUCUAUCUUGACCCCCACUUCACCCGCCCAGCGCUUCCAAGCCAUGAUAUUAGCGAACUAUAUUCCGAAGACGAUAUCGAUACUUAUCACACGCGGCGACUGAGGAGGAUGCACUUACAGGACAUGGAUCCAAGCAUGCUGAUAGGUUUCCUCAUCCAAAGCGAAGAAGACUGGCAGGAUUGGGUCAAUCGGGUCAAUUCCGUCAAAGGGCGGGGCAUAAUUCACAUCAUCGACGAAGUAUCUCAUACACCGAUGGAACGAAACGCGCUGGACGAGGUUGAAGUGCUGGAUGAUACAGAAUAGAUAUUCUCAAAUGAACCCACAACUCCAGC